UGAAACAUCAGACUGUUCCUGGCGUCUCAGGUGCUUGCAACCUCACUCUCUACACGGUUAUCAUAGUCAAGCGGUCAUCGAACAUCAUCGCCCACCAUCAGAUUUAAUUACCGCUUGAUUUCGAAUUGAUCCCAGUGCUAUAUCGACCGUCUGUCCUUUGGCGCAUAUAACCAUAUCUCUUCCCAGCACCAUGAAGAUGCUGACGCGGCCUACGUUGCUAGCAACCUUCAACGCCAUCCUUCUACUACCACUUUCACAACAUGUUGGAGCUGCAUCAGAAGCUCCCAAAAAAGAUACGAAUCCUCCCUGCACCGUCCAAUCCGUGACAACAGGCGCAUUUUUCGAUUUAGGCACAAUCUCUCUCUCGCCGCCGGAAUUAAAGGAUGGUAGGAAAGUACACAAGAACGAUCGAGAUGCGAGCUGGGAAGCUCGGGGACAUGACUACGGGACGAAUUUUACGAUUAAUAUUUGUGCGCCGGUCAUUGAGAGUGUUGCGGAUGUUGUCGGUGUGGAGAAAGCAAGAUGGCAGAAUGUCAGUGCCUAUUACGAACAAAAGGGGAAGGUUUAUUCCAUCGGAGAGCAAAACUCCGAACCUAUAUUUCGAGGCAAACGGCUCGUGUUAAACUAUACCAACGGAUCACCAUGUCCAAGCACAGAUGCAUCCUCACUCAACUCGAGGUUCUAUACGGAUUAUAAUGAUGACGACGACGAUGAUGAUUACGCCGCAGCACAGAACUAUAACCGAAAGACCGUCGCCACCAAUGCGGCAAGCGAUAGUAAAUCAACCCGAAGAAAGUCUACAAUCAUGUCAUUCCUCUGUGACCGAGAAGCGCCUGCAUCCCAAGCCACGGUCUCCUUUGUCGGAACAAUGGAUUCAUGCACUUAUUUCUUCGAAGUGAGAAGUUUUGCGGCUUGUGGUGGUGUUGCUGCGGCUCCAGAAGGCGGUCUUGGACCUGCUGGUGUUUUUGGUGUGAUCGCCCUGAUUGCAGUCUUUGUCUAUCUCCUCGGAGGCUGCGCAUAUCAACGCUCAGUGAUGCAUCAACGCGGUUGGAGACAGUGUCCUAACUAUAGCAUGUGGUCUGAUCUGCUCGGAUUCUUCAAAGACUUCGUCAUCAUCAUACUCUCCUCUCUCACACGCUGCUUCACGCGAAAGGGCUCUUCCAGGGCCUAUUCACGCGUCAACGGUCAAAACGGCCUCAUUGGCGCCGUCGGUGGUCGACGAGGCAGUGAUCGAGGUGGGCGAGGGGACGUCGAUGCCGAGAAUCGACUAAUAGAUCAACUAGAUGAAGAGUGGAACGAUUAGAUCGUUUUGACGUUUUUAUAUGAGUUCAAUGUUUCUGAUGUUAUGAUUUUUUUUCCUUCUAUGCCUGGAUGCAUUUACUAUAUCACG